UUCCAUUAGUUAUUCAGUUGAGUGAACAUGGCUGAAAACGAGACACUAGUGAGAAUCUCCAAAGAUGGAGAGACCUGGAAAAAACGCAAAGAGUUGCAGAAAGAUCUAUAUACAGCGCUCUCGAAUAUUGUGCUUCAGGAAGGGAAAACUGCACUUCCGACGGGCGAUAAGUUGAAGAAGCUUCAAGAACUUUUGGAGAAACCGGAGUUCAAAACCCUUGAUACGCUCGUAAAAGAAACGAAGAACUGGGAUGCGGCGUCUACGAUCCCGCAUGAGAAAUCCUUUCUGUAUUAUACGCGCCAGCAAGAGGUAUUUGGCAAGCUACUGGCUGAAACGGACAUCAGUUUCCCAUAUAUUCAGCUUAUGGUAAAGCGUUUUAAUGCUUACAACGAGCGUAUCGAGCCGAAGCUUGAUGCUCCUAUUCAUUAUGCUGUGAGGCAGCUAAAUGGCAAAUUUUUGGACUGGCUUCUAGCCCAGCAGUCACUAGAAGAAAGUGAUACUAGGCCAGAAGAAACACCUUGUGCAGAUAACGAAAGAACAGAAGAAUCAGAAUCAGAAGAAGAGAACAACGAUCGGAAACGGAAACGAUAUGUAGAUGUGAAUUUGCGUAACAGUAAGAAGGAAACGGCCCUUGCCAUCCUCUGUGCAUCGUAUGAUGAAUGUAUGAAAGUGAUCAAUAAGCCGAUCGAGGAAAUUAAAAAAGAUGAAAAGGAAAAACAUGUUGAUAAGCAACAAAAAUGUAAAAAGAUGUUGCCGGAAAUACAAGUACUGAUCAAGAAGCUAAUCGCGGCUGGAGCGGACUUUAACAUCUGCAGCCUGCAACUUAAGUUGCCGUUUGAGCUCCUUCUAAAGUACCGUUCCGCCGAUGAAGCUACUCCAAGGUUCGUAGAUCAGUGUGUGCAGCAGGCUGACCAGGCGCUCGUGAUCGGUCGCAUCAACGACUCCAAAAUGCGCGUCGUCGAGAUUUACAAAUCACCAAUGCAGUCUCCGGAGGAGUCACCGAAGGAGUCACCGGUGAAGGUGAGGGAGGAACUGCUGGAGAUAUGUUUGCAUUACAAUGAUCAGCAGAGCUUCGUAAAUUACCUGACUGGCUUCAAGAUAACGAAGCACAAUGUGAAGAAAGUGAUUGAAGUGGUACUUCACACCGCUGUUGAACAGAAGAUGAGCGAAUGCGUACGAAAGAUCGUCGACCUCGGCGGUGCCCUGAUAUUUGAAGAAAUUCGGCAGACGAAGCAAAACACGGAAGUGACUUUGUCGGUACAUCGGCUCGAAUUGAAAGGACUCCUGAAAAAGGCCUGUUUGGUGGCCGAGUUAUCGAUUGUUAAGAUUUUAAUAGCUAAAAUGAAAGACUUGCAGCUGCUUAAUGACGACCCGUUGCUGGCUCUUACAUUGACCAACGCGUACGCUAUUAAACGUCGAUCGGAGAACCGGGAAGCACUGUUAGCCGUAGCGGGUUAUCUAGCUAGCCAAACCAACAUUUACAUGACCAGAACAGACAAUUCUGGCAACACGCCACUUCAUCUGGCACUGAGAUAUGGCUUCCAUGAGAUCGCAAACACGUUAUUAAAACAACGCUAUGCUUAUGUUGGCUUACGUAACCGAGACAAUAUGACGCCAUUGGAUUAUGGUGGAUAUGAAUUUUGGAAGAACUAUCUCGACAGUUGCAUUGAAGUAGACAGCGAACGAGCCACCCAGGACAGGAACGUAAUUAGAUUCAACCUAAACUGUCUCGAACCGUAUAAUCGACGUAAGAAGUUUGCGGCCAGUUUCAAAAACUCAAAAACAACAGCAGCGCAGUCGAAGGAUAGUUGUUGUUUCAUUUUCCAGUAUGCAUCGAAAGUGAAACAGCAACCGCAUAACUACGGGAAUGUACAGACCGAGUUGACUAUCAUACGGCAAAUCGCGGAAUCGAACGACUUGAAACGCCUUUUAAUACACCCGAUUAUUUACACGUUCAUUAUGGUCAAGUGGAUCCGGUUGAGUCCCUGGAUGUACCUAAACUUUUUGCUAACCUUCACCACGAUGCUGGUUUUCGGAUUGCACUCGUUGGAUGCAUGCUCCGUGGACACUAGUCCUUCUCAACCGCUAUGGAUCGGUGCACUUCUUGGAACUCUCUACAUCGUGAUUCGUGAGAUACUGCAGCUCGUGAUCCUGCGAACGGCGUACGCGACUUUCGAGAACGUGAUGGAUCUUGCAAACAUUGUUGGAAUGAUCUUUGUGCUGCUGAAAGGAUGCCACGGGGUGCUAUCGUCGUUUUUAAUGAUCAACUUUGCGUUGCAGCUAACCUUCCUUCUCGGCUCGCUACCUUUCAAUAGCCUGUCGACAAUCAUGUACAUGUUCAAGACGGUAUCGCUGAACUUCCUUAAGAGUUUCCUGAUCUUCCUGCCACUGAUUGGUUCAUUUAUCUUUGCGUUCCACCUUACAUAUAAUGAAUCAUCUGUCGAGGUGGAUGGGUCAGUGCUAGGAAACAAUAACGACACAUCUCGUGUCAAUAACUGUUCUACCACUACAGGCAGUUUCAACAACUUUUGCACCUUCUGGAACGCCACCAUAAAGACGUUGGUCAUGACAAUUGGUGAGUUCGAGGCCGCUGAUAUCGACUUUAGCGGUGAGAAGCUGUUCUUGUUCUUGGUGUUUCUCUUCGUCGCUCCGAUCGUGAUACUUAACUUGAUCAACGGUCUCGCCGUUAGCGAUAUUGCGGCGAUCCGCGCAGAGUCGGAGUUGAUCGGUAUCAGCAAAAAAGUGAUGCUGUUAGAGCAAUACGAACAGAGCAUAGUUACCAUGAGCUGGUCAUGGCUGAAGCGGUGGUUUCCUGCUAUUUUCUUUGGGAGUUACACAUGUCGCAUACACGUUCGUACAGAUCAGUUCCGGAAGAUUUUGGUUCAACUAAGAUCAGACAAAUCGAAAUCAUCGACAGGAUCAUCCACAGUCCAGGCAAAAUCAUUGCCGACCCAACCGGUCAAAUCAACCUGGAUCAUCAACAAAGCAACCGGUAUCUGCAUCGGCCAAGAGCGGACAAAGCCUAAGGAAAAAUCUAAAUCGAAAUGGACCUCACUAACCGCGUGUUAUCCGUUGUGGCAUAACGGUACGGAUACAGUAAUAAAUUUGCGUUUUAAUACGAUACCAACUUUCCUAACGCUCGACCAUGCCAUCACGAACGAAGCGCUGGCAGUGAUCGAGCGAAUGCAUCCGAUCGUCAAACAGCCAGUGUCCGAGAAAAAGCAGGCGAUCUUGAGCGGUUCGAAACAGCCACUAGUUACGAGAGAAAGCAUCGCUAAUUCCAAUGGUCACCAAACACACUCCAGAGCUUAGACAAAUCACUAAAGAUAGCAGCAAUAAUGAUCCUCUCCGAUCUAGAAAGCGACUGACAGCAGCAGCAGCAGCAGUUAUCAACAACGGGCCAAUAUCAGUAACGAAAAUGUAUUUACGAUGCCGUCAGUUGUUCAUACGAUGAUUCAAUUACCGUAAAUGUAUAAUAUUAUGCCAUUGUACUAGUUAGCUACAUCAACAAAU